UUAACAUCCGGUGCAGGCCGCAACCACCACCCCACCCCCCAACAAAAACCUGCAGCUCCGGGGCAUUUAUCCGAGAACAGGCCCAGGUUAACGGCCGCCAUCUUGAUCCAGUGGAGCGCAGGGCGCAUGCGUGGCCAUCAUGGUGACGCAAGACAGAGUGGGCGAGGCUCAGGGUCCCAGUGAGCAGGAGAGAAAAUGAUUGACUGAUUUACUUUAUUCUCACACUGCACACGCACUGAACCCAGCCAGAAUGGAAGGAGGGAGAAAAUUUGGAGUGGAGGAAAUAAAUGGUGCGAUGAACUGGGCUUCACCACAGGGAGCAGGGAGAUUUACACACUUAAACAGCUUUGAAAGAAAAAAGAGGGAAAGAAAUGUUCCAGAGAAAUUAAAAUUGUCUGUUCUGAAUUUCUAUCCUGUAAUUACAUUGAUGGCCUUUAUAAACAAUUUUUACAGGUUCAUUAGAAGGGGAGGAUUUACAGAGGUGAACCUCAAACCAAACAUCACAUCAGCAUCUGACUGAGUCACUCGAUUCAUCAGGACCUGAAUGGGGAGGGAGAAAUGCUUGUCUGUUCUGUCUGUGGGAAAAUAUUUCAAGCAUCAGUGUGGCUGGAAAAGCACCAAGAGUUUGAGUUACAGUGAACUGGCUGUGGAAAGAGCUUUAACUAGUUACACAGCCUGAAAAAAACAUUGUAGCAUUCACAGUGAGGGAAACUGUACACAUAUUGUUUGUGUGGACGAGUUUUCAACUGAUUUUCCAAUCUGGAGAGGCACAAGGACACCUGCACAAUGGAGAAACCAUGGAAAUGUGAGGACUGUGGAAAAGGAUUCAAUUAUCCAUCCCGGCUAGAAUUUCAUCGCCGCAGUCACACUGGGGAGAGACCGUGGAAAUGCGAGGACUGUGGUAAAGGAUUUAAUUAUCAAUACCUGCUGGAAAACCAUCACCGCAGUCACACUGGGGAGAAGCCAUUCAUCUGUUCCGUGUGUGGCAAGGGAUUUACUCAGUCAGCUUGCCUCAUGUCACACCAGCGAGUUCACACUGAGGAGAGGCCAUUCAGCUGCAAUUACUGUGGAAAGAGGUUCAGGCAGUCAUCCCACCUCACUGAACACCAGCGAAUUCACACUGGAGAGAGACCGUUCACCUGCUCUGAGUGUGGGAAGGGUUUCACUGUGUCCUCCCACCUGCUGAAACACCAGCGAGUUCACACUGGGGAGAGGCCUUUCACCUGCUCCGUGUGCGGGAGAGGUUUCACUCAGUCAGCCAACCUUGCAUUACACCAACGAAUUCACACUGAGGACAAAUCAUUCAGCUGCAGUUACUGUGGAAAGAGGUUCAGGUCUUCAUCUGAAAGCACUGCACACCAGCGAGUUCACACUGGAGAGAAACCAUUCACCUGCUCUGUGUGUGGGAAGGGAUUUACUCAGUCAUCCCACUGUCUGAUACACCAGCGAGUUCACACUGAGGAGAAGCCCUUCAGCUGCACUUACUGUGGAAAGAAGUUCAGGCAUUCAGGCAACCUCAAAGCCCACCAGCGAGUUCACACUGGAGAGAGGCCGUUCACUUGCACUGUGUGUGGGAAAGGAUUUCAUUGGCUAUCCAGUUUACUGAGACACCAGCAAGUUCACAAAUAACUGAAGGGGUUGGAUUCUGCUGUUAAUGCUGCUGUUAAUCACGUCCAGAACUCACAAGUCUGUCUAUAUUUGGUUUGUUUCUGUUAAUGUUAGCAACCCUAUAACAGGCUGGAGUUUGAAACUCUGGGUAUGUCACUGAUUUUCGGGGCUAUAUUGUCUCUUUUUCAAAGCGCCAUCUGUGACAUUUCCCCUUAAUUGAAGAACUCUCAACAGGAACUCAAUUUCAGUGAAAUUAUUAACUUUUACUUCAAUCCCAAAUUGAACUUUGGUGCAAAAUCUACAAUUCAGUGUCUGAAAGGUUCCGCUGAUUAACACCUCCAAUUAGAAGGUGCUGAUUAAUCCUUGCUGAAAAUUCUUACUGACUUGCACAUUACACACAGUGACACCUCCUUUAUAUGGAUGUUUAGGAACAAAGACUUAGGAGCAGGAGGAGGCCAUUCAGCCCUUCAAGUUUCCUUCAGCAUUCAAUUAGAGCAUGGUUGAUCUGGUUGUGGUCUCAACUGCAAUUUCCUAUCUUCCCCUAUAACCCUUGACUGUUGUCUAUCAAAAAUCUGUCUAACUCUGCCUUGAAUAAAUUCAAUGACCCAGCCUCCACUGCUUUCUGGGGAAAAUAAUUCCACAUAACAAUGAAUCUUUGAGAGAACAACAUUUCUCAUCAUCUACAUCUUAAACGGUGGACCUCUUAUUCUUAAACUGUGUCCUCUAUUUCUAGUGCCUCCUCCUGCUAUCUACCCUAUCAAAUCCCUUCAGGAUCUUAUAAGUUUCAAUAAGAUCACCUGACAUUCUUCUAAACUCCAAUGGGUAACAGCCCAACUUGUUCAAACUUUCUUCAUAAGACAAGCCCCUCACCCCAGGAAUGAGUUGCGUGAACCUUCUCUGAACUGCUUUGAAUGCACAUAUAUCCUUUUCUAAUAAGGAGACUAAACUGCACACAGUAUUCCAGGUGUGGUCCCAUCAAGGCCCUGUACAGCUGCAUUCAAACUUCCCUACAUUUAUAUUCCAUUUUAUAUUUUGAACUUUAAUUAUCAAGGAACAUAAACAAAAUAGUGAAAUAUUUUACAGGCACAUCAUUAAAAACUUCAUCAACCAACAGUGAUAUUGUUGAAUCUUGGAAGUCGCUGAGUCGAAUCACUUCUGACACAGCAGCAACAUUUGGUAAAGGUGGAAUCCACAACAAAGGCUGGUUUGAGACCCAGUCAGCAGAGAUGAAUCUGUCAUUGAAGCAAAAAACAAAGUCUACCUGAUGUACAACAUAAACCCAACAGCUAGAACACUGUGUAAUUUGAAAUUAGCCAAGAUGGUCAUGCAAAAGACAGGGAGAUACUGUGCAAGUAAACACUGGAUCAGCCUACGCCAUGAAAUCCAAACUGCCUGUGACAACGGAAAUCUGCGUGCUGUGUAUGAUGGGAUCAGGAGGACGCUUGGUCCGACCAUCACCAAAGUUACCCCUUGAAAUCGGCAGAUGGUGAAGUUCUCACCGACAGAAGUAAACAGAUGUCCCUCUGGGUUGAACACGACUGAGCUGUACUCCCGUGAGAAGGACAUCUCCCAGUCUCCGUUUGGCUCUCUCCUGCAGCUUCCUGUCAUGGUUGAGUUGGAUGAGGAACCUUCAUCUCUUAAGCUUGGAAAGGCCAUUAAUUGCUUAGCAAGUAGAAAGGCACUCGGCAAGGAUGAAAUUCCAGCUGAACUGCUUAAGCCCGGAAAGUCCCACCUAUUUCCAUAUCUUCAUGACCUGAUCCUUCUCUGUUGGAAGGUAGGAUCCAAUCCAGAGGACACGUGUGACACAAAUAUCACAGUAUAGAAAACAAAGGUGACAGAAGAGAUUGCAACAAAAUACAGGGACAUCUCACUCCUCAGCAUCAUGGGGAUGACCUUCACUAAGGUUAUGUUUAAAGACUGCAUCUACUUGCAGACAGUGGUUCCAGAAGCACAGUGUGGUUUCUGUGCUGGCAGAUCGACUGUGGUCAUGAUCUCCUCCAUACACCAGCUACAAGAGAAGUGUACAAUUGGGAUUGAAUCAAAAAUGCUGUCAGCUUCUGUGCUGAGAAAAGUGAAAGGUUAUAAUUACUGAGGGAAAGUAAACCUUUAUGAAUUACAAUGAACUUGUGUAAUUGUAAAAGGCAUCGAUAAGUUGGAUUCCCUAAAGGUAAGCUUCAGCCUUGAGGUUAUGUGGGAACCUCCACCCUCUUUAACUCUUCUGUUCUCAGAAGUUUGAAACUUCUGUUUACUUGUGAAAGGUAACUUUUUAGAUUUAUUUUCCUUUGGUUUUAUUAUAACUAUGUGGAAAGAUGCCUGAAGAAAAAAAAAACAUUUGGGCAAAGCUGAGAAAAAUAGCAAAAGAUUUGGCAAAACAAAGAUUAAAAUAAUGUUUGGUCUUUGAUCUGAAAAAAGUUACAUUACAUUCAUACAACUGUACACAUUUGUAAUAUUUGUGCAGUGCUUCUCGAAACACUGACAGCUUGGUGACAAUUUGAACUAAAUACUUUGCUCCUUAAAGAUUUGGCUUCAUCCCAUUUGUUUUCAUUCAAGGCAAAGUGCCUGAGAAGGGGAGAUAUGGGGGUGAUCUUCAAACUGAUUGAAAGUUACUUUGGCCUCUGAUUUGAAAACACCAUAUUCUGAGAAUAUUGAAUUGGAUGGUAAGUUCCUGAAGAGCUCUUGAAUGAGAUAGAAUGGUAAUUCAUGGGAUGUCCCACUUAGAAUAAAAGAGAAAGAUCACAGCAUCAAAUGGGAAUUGGAAUAAUCAUCCUGGAUACAGUUCAAUAGAAUAGAUCAAGCUCUUAUCCAUGUCCAUUCUUGUGAAAGACAAGAAAGUGUAGAUGAGAUGAGUAAAUAGAUAGCUUUCUCUUGGGGAUGUUUGUAUCCCUGUAUCUGAAUGUUUGAAAAAAAAAAACUGAAUGUGAUAGUCUGGCCACUACCUGAGGCUUUGCACCAUGCAGGGGGAGAUAAGCAAACAUCUUUAGACAGACACUCUAAUCUUUUGGUGAGAUUACCUGAAAGUCAAGUGUGGCAUGAUUUUGGGACAGGUCUGAGUGUACAGUUGUGAUUUGUUACUUGUGGAGUAAGUCACCUGAAAAUGGAUGGUGAAACUGCACUGAAUACCAGGUCCCAGACAUGCUCAGCUACUCAACCACAGAACAACAUCGAGUGACUAAUGUGGACAGUAGAGUGAGACAACAUUUCAAAUCAUCAAGGCAUUAACACAUACCCCAUGGAGAAACUGACUUUCAAACAUUCAGGAUAGAAUUAAACACACAGCUAUGUAUCAGAGGGAGCAAAAAUUAAUGGGAAGAGGGAAAUAGAAUCUGGAUUUAGAAAAUAUCCACAAGGUGGAUGCAUGCAAACAGAGAGCUGGAGAAUCUUAAAGUCCGUGCAUGAACUUUCGUUUGAACCAGAUGUAUUUACGACAUGCCAAUAAUUUUGAAUUGUGUGAGAUGAUCGGCAGUUGGGGAGGAUGAAUCGAAGUCGAUAGUUAUCACAUUUUAGUGGAAAAGUUUUGACAUUUAUUCUUGGUGGCAGCUCAAGGGUUUGUGUUGCUGAUUCUGAUAAUUCUAGUAGCUUUAGUAUAUUAUCUACAGUUUGUCAUCAAGAAAUUAGGAAAACAAACUCAUAGCUUAGAAAUAGUGAGCUUAGUCAGAAAUCAGUUGUCAGAAAUCAAUAAGGAUUUUCCCUUCUCAAGCUGGGGAGAUCUGAGAAAUCACAGAUUUUAGCUGGAAUGGGGUUCUAAUAACUUUAUAGAAUCUUCAGAAAUGUAUUGAAUUUUAUAGGAAUAGCACUCCUCUCUCUUAGGAAGAAAGAUUCCUGGCUUGACAAAGUUAGGACAAUAUAUGUCUGUGUUCAUGGGAAUGAACUCAGUAGUAAGGGAAUGGAAUUUGUAGUGGUGAUUGAAGCUUGUCUUCCCAAUUCUUAACAAGUAGGAAAUCUCUGCUCAUCCAAUACUGAAUGUGGGAUAAGCAGUUUGAUAAUUUAGUAACAGUGGAGGAAUGGAGAGGGAUGGUGGUGAGGUACAGCUGGGCAUUGUCAGUGUACAUGUGAAAACCAACACAGUGCUUUUGGAUGAUGUCACCUCGUGGCAGCAUGUAGAUGAGAAAUAGGAGGGCCCAGGAUAGAUUUUUUAGGAGUGAUGAUGGCAGAUGUAAAUGUGAGAGGGACAGUACCAGAAGAGAGAGAGAGAGAAAACCGUUAUCAAUAUCAGCUAACGUGGAGAAGUUUAGAGGUCAGCAUUUUAAUUGGAAUGGAGUCAAAGGGAACCGAAGGCAAGUCUCUGGGACAAGAUGAGAGGGCAUGAGGAGAGAUAGGAGAGAAACUGGAGAGAGGUGUGUAUUCAGGGCUCGGACAAGGGGGAUCUUUAGAGACAGUUGGCCCAGUGGGCUAGUGGAAGGGAGGGAAGCAGCAGAGGCAGCUGAUCAGAUUGUCUCAACCGUAGUGACAAAGAAACUCCAUGAACUUUUCAUACUUGCUGUUGGAGGUGAGGAUGUAGGAGACACAGGGAACGGAACUAACGUGUAGAGAUAAUAAAAAGACUCGACACACUGCGUUUGACACAAAGCUGAUUGAUUUGACUUUUAUCCAGUGUCAGGAAGAUAUAAGAUUACUGGUAAACACAGUAUGAGGAUAGGCAUUUUAAGAUCUAAGAAGUGUGAAAAGCCUUCAGAAUCUACACCUCAAGCUGCUGUCUACAAAGAACUGAAGUUAAGGAAACUCACUUUGAAUUGGAUUGUCAGGGUUUCAAGUUUCUUUG